AUGAAAUCCCCAAUUACUGCUGCUAUUGCCGCCAGCUGUUUGAUGGCUGCUGCUUCAGCCUUCCCCACAACAAACUUGCUUAAACGUCAAGAUAGCUGUCCAGCGGAUGCUCUUUCAUGUAGCGCUUCCAGCGGCGAUUCGUGCUGCACCCCAGAAAACGGAUUGCUGGUACACGUACAACAGUGGUCACCUGGUUACGGUCCAUCAGACGCCUUUACCUUGCAUGGUCUUUGGCCUGAUACCUGUAAUGGUGGCAUUCCAGGCAGUGGAGAUUCGGGCUGUGAUAAAUCACGCAACUACGAUGAUGUUGGCUCUAUCAUCAAGGAGAAGGAUAGCUCACUUCACGAUUCCAUGAACACCUAUUGGCCAUCCAAUAAAGGUGAUAAUAGCGAAUUUUGGACACACGAAUGGAACAAGCAUGGUACUUGUGUAACUACUUUGGAUCCAGAAUGCUACGGUGAUUCGUAUCAAAAGAAUGAUGACGUUACCGAUUACUUCCACCAAGCUCUUGAUUUACGUAGCAAGUAUGAUCUCCACGCCAUUUUGAGCAAAGCUAGCAUCACCCCUGGAGGAUCGUAUAGCGUCUCAGACAUUGAAAAUGCUAUCAAGGAAAGCACAGGAGCUGCACCCAAAGUAACAUGUAGCGGUGGUGAUAUAGAAGAGAUCUGGCUAUAUUUCCAUGUCAAGGGUAAAGAUGGAUACGUGCCCACGGACUCCGUUGACAAGUCGACAUGCUCUGGAUCCGUCAACUAUCCCAAAAAGAAUUAG